AGGCCGGCCACCGAAGUCGGAGUAAAUGUUGGAGAGGAGCGGAACGGCCCCGGGAGGCGCGUGCGGCGGCUACGACGGGUUGGGUGAACUCAUGGAUCUGAUACUUUUCUCUUGAGAAAUAAACUAGAUCAAAAGAAAAAUGGCAUUUGUUGCAACACAAGGGGCCACAGUGGUUGACCAAACCACUCUGAUGAAAAAAUACCUUCAGUUUGUGGCAGCUCUCACAGAUGUAAAUACCCCUGAUGAAACAAAGUUAAAAAUGAUGCAAGAAGUUAGUGAAAAUUUUGAGAAUGUAACAUCAUCUCCUCAGUAUUCUACAUUCCUGGAACAUAUCAUCCCUCGGUUUCUUACAUUUCUUCAAGAUGGAGAAGUUCAGUUUCUUCAGGAGAAACCAGCCCAGCAACUGCGGAAACUAGUUCUUGAAAUAAUUCAUAGAAUACCAACCAAUGAACAUCUUCGUCCUCAUACGAAAAAUGUUUUGUCUGUGAUGUUUCGCUUUUUAGAGACGGAAAAUGAAGAAAACGUUCUUAUUUGCCUGAGAAUAAUUAUUGAGCUACACAAACAGUUCAGGCCACCCAUCACACAAGAAAUUCAUCAUUUUUUGGAUUUUGUGAAACAGAUUUAUAAGGAGCUUCCAAAAGUAGUGAACCGCUACUUUGAGAACCCUCAGGUGAUCCCUGAGAACACAGUCCCUCCCCCAGAAAUGGUUGGUAUGAUCACAACAAUUGCUGUAAAAGUCAAUCCUGAGCGUGAGGACAGUGAGACGAGAACACAUUCCAUCAUUCCAAGAGGAUCUCUUUCUCUGAAAGUGUUGGCAGAAUUGCCCAUUAUAGUUGUUUUAAUGUAUCAGCUCUACAAACUGAAUAUCCACAAUGUAGUUGCUGAAUUCGUGCCCUUGAUCAUGAAUACCAUUGCAAUUCAGGUGUCUGCACAAGCCAGGCAACAUAAGCUUUACAAUAAGGAGUUGUAUGCUGAUUUCAUUGCUGCUCAGAUUAAAACAUUGUCAUUUUUAGCUUAUAUCAUCAGAAUUUACCAGGAGUUGGUGACUAAGUACUCUCAGCAAAUGGUAAAAGGAAUGUUACAGUUACUUUCAAAUUGUCCAGCAGAGACUGCACACCUCAGAAAGGAACUUCUGAUUGCUGCAAAGCACAUCCUCACAACAGAGCUAAGAAACCAGUUCAUUCCUUGCAUGGACAAGCUGUUUGAUGAAUCCAUUCUAAUUGGUUCAGGAUAUACUGCUCGAGAGACUCUCAGGCCCCUUGCCUACAGCACUCUGGCUGACCUCGUGCACCACGUUCGUCAGCACCUGCCCCUCAGUGACCUUUCCCUCGCCGUCCAACUCUUUGCGAAGAACAUUGAUGACGAGUCCCUGCCCAGCAGCAUCCAGACCAUGUCCUGCAAGCUCCUGCUGAACCUGGUGGACUGCAUCCGCUCCAAGAGUGAACAGGAGAGUGGCAACGGGAGAGAUGUCCUGAUGCGGAUGCUGGAGGUUUUCGUUCUCAAAUUCCACACCAUUGCCCGGUACCAGCUCUCUGCCAUUUUCAAGAAGUGCAAGCCUCAGUCAGAGCUCGGGGCUGUGGAAGCGGCUCUGCCUGGGGUGCCCGCCGCCCCCACUGCCCCGGGUCCUCCGGUGACCCCAGCCCCUAUGCCUGCCUUUGAGAAGCAAGGAGAGAAGGACAAGGAGGACAAGCAGACGUUUCAAGUCACAGAUUGUCGAAGUUUGGUGAAAACCUUGGUCUGUGGUGUCAAGACAAUCACGUGGGGCAUCACGUCGUGUAAAGCGCCGGGUGAAGCUCAGUUCAUUCCAAACAAGCAGUUACAGCCCAAAGAAACUCAGAUUUACAUAAAACUUGUGAAAUACGCAAUGCAGGCUUUAGAUAUUUAUCAGGUCCAGAUAGCGGGAAAUGGACAAACAUACAUUCGAGUAGCAAACUGCCAAACUGUUAGAAUGAAGGAAGAGAAGGAAGUAUUGGAACACUUUGCUGGUGUGUUCACAAUGAUGAAUCCCUUAACAUUUAAAGAAAUCUUUCAAACUACAGUUCCUUAUAUGGUGGAAAGAAUCUCAAAGAAUUAUGCUCUUCAGAUUGUUGCCAAUUCCUUCUUGGCAAAUCCUACUACCUCUGCUCUGUUUGCUACAAUUCUGGUGGAAUAUCUCCUUGAUCGCCUGCCAGAAAUGGGCUCCAACGUGGAGCUCUCCAACCUGUACCUCAAGCUGUUUAAGUUGGUCUUUGGUUCAGUCUCCCUCUUUGCAGCUGAAAAUGAACAAAUGCUAAAGCCCCACCUGCACAAGAUUGUGAACAGCUCCAUGGAGCUCGCACAGACUGCCAAAGAGCCCUAUAACUACUUCCUGCUGCUUCGGGCCCUGUUCCGCUCUAUUGGGGGUGGUAGCCAUGAUCUCCUGUAUCAGGAAUUUUUGCCUCUCCUUCCAAACCUCUUGCAAGGGCUGAACAUGUUGCAGAGCGGCCUGCAUAAGCAGCACAUGAAGGAUCUCUUCGUGGAGCUGUGUCUCACCGUGCCCGUGCGGCUGAGCUCUCUCUUGCCGUAUCUGCCCAUGUUAAUGGAUCCCUUGGUGUCUGCCCUCAAUGGCUCUCAGACGUUGGUCAGCCAAGGCCUGCGGACUCUGGAGUUGUGUGUGGACAACCUGCAGCCCGAUUUCCUGUAUGACCACAUUCAGCCAGUACGAGCAGAGCUCAUGCAGGCUUUAUGGCGCACUCUACGCAAUCCUGCUGAUAGCAUUUCUCACGUGGCCUAUCGUGUACUUGGUAAAUUUGGUGGCAGUAACAGGAAGAUGUUAAAGGAAUCCCAGAAGCUGCACUAUGUUUUGACUGAAGUUCAAGGCCCCAGUAUUACAGUGGAGUUUUCCGAUUGUAAAGCAUCUCUUCAGCUCCCAAUGGAGAAGGCCAUUGAAACUGCUCUGGACUGCCUGAAAAGUGCCAACACUGAGCCCUACUACCGGAGGCAGGCGUGGGAGGUGAUCAAGUGCUUCCUGGUGGCAAUGAUGAGCCUAGAGGACAAUAAACAUGCUCUCUACCAGCUCCUUGCACAUCCUAAUUUUACAGAAAAGACCAUACCUAAUGUCAUCAUAUCACAUCGCUACAAAGCACAAGACACUCCAGCUCGGAAGACAUUUGAGCAGGCUCUGACCGGGGCAUUCAUGUCUGCUGUCAUUAAAGAUCUUCGGCCCAGCGCCCUGCCCUUUGUGGCCAGCCUGAUCCGCCACUACACAAUGGUGGCAGUUGCCCAGCAGUGUGGUCCUUUCUUGCUGCCUUGCUACCAGGUGGGCAGCCAGCCCAGCACAGCCAUGUUUCACAGUGAGGAAAACGGGUCGAAAGGAAUGGAUCCCUUGGUUCUCAUUGACGCCAUAGCUAUUUGUAUGGCAUAUGAAGAAAAGGAACUUUGCAAGAUCGGGGAGGUGGCUCUUGCUGUGAUAUUUGAUGUUGCAAGUAUCAUCCUGGGCUCAAAGGAGAGGGCAUGCCAGCUGCCUCUGUUUUCUUACAUUGUGGAACGCUUGUGUGCGUGUUGUUAUGAGCAGGCCUGGUAUGCAAAGCUGGGGGGUGUGGUGUCCAUUAAAUUUCUCAUGGAGCGGCUGCCUCUUACUUGGGUUCUCCAGAACCAGCAGACAUUCCUCAAAGCGCUUCUCUUUGUCAUGAUGGACUUAACUGGAGAGGUUUCCAAUGGCGCAGUUGCCAUGGCCAAAACCACCCUGGAGCAGCUUCUGAUGAGGUGUGCGACACCUUUAAAAGACGAGGAGAGAGCAGAAGAGAUUGUGGCAGCUCAGGAAAAGUCUUUUCACCAUGUAACACAUGACUUGGUUCGAGAAGUCACCUCUCCAAAUUCCACUGUGAGAAAACAGGCUAUGCAUUCACUGCAAGUUUUGGCCCAGGUUACCGGGAAAAGUGUGACGGUGAUAAUGGAACCCCAUAAAGAGGUGCUCCAGGAUAUGGUCCCACCUAAGAAGCAUUUGCUCAGACACCAGCCUGCCAAUGCCCAGAUUGGCCUGAUGGAGGGGAACACGUUCUGUACCACAUUGCAGCCCAGGCUCUUCACAAUGGAUCUUAACGUGGUGGAGCAUAAGGUGUUCUACACAGAGCUUUUGAAUUUGUGCGAGGCUGAAGAUUCAGCUUUAACAAAGCUGCCCUGUUACAAAAGCCUUCCAUCACUUGUGCCUUUGCGAAUUGCAGCACUAAAUGCGCUUGCUGCCUGCAAUUACCUUCCUCAGUCCAGAGAGAAGAUCAUUGCUGCACUCUUCAAAGCACUUAAUUCCACAAAUAGUGAGCUCCAGGAGGCUGGAGAAGCCUGUAUGAGAAAGUUUUUAGAAGGUGCUACCAUAGAAGUAGAUCAAAUCCAUACACAUAUGCGACCUUUGUUGAUGAUGCUGGGGGAUUAUCGAAGCUUGACGCUGAAUGUUGUGAAUCGUUUGACUUCGGUUACCAGGCUCUUCCCAAACUCCUUCAAUGAUAAAUUUUGUGAUCAGAUGAUGCAACAUCUGCGAAAGUGGAUGGAAGUGGUGGUCCUCACCCAUAAAGGGGGCCAGAGGAGCGACGGAAACGAAAGCAUUUCAGAGUGCGGGAGAUGUUCCUUGUCUCCAUUCUGUCAGUUUGAGGAAAUGAAAAUUUGUUCAGCAAUUAUAAACCUUUUUCAUCUGAUCCCAGCUGCACCUCAAACUCUGGUCAAGCCUUUGUUAGAGGUUGUGAUGAAAACAGAACGGGCUAUGUUGAUUGAGGCUGGCAGUCCCUUCAGAGAGCCUCUAAUCAAGUUUCUGACUCGGCACCCAUCCCAGACGGUGGAGCUAUUCAUGAUGGAGGCAACAUUGAAUGAUCCUCAGUGGAGCAGAAUGUUUAUGAGUUUUUUAAAACACAAAGAUGCCAGGCCUCUGCGAGAUGUGCUGGCAGCUAACCCCAACAGGUUCAUCACUCUGCUGUUGCCUGGCGGUACUCAGACUGCCAUGCGUCCUGGCUCACCCAGCACCAGCACAAUGCGCCUGGAUCUUCAGUUUCAGGCCAUCAAGAUUAUAAGUAUUAUAGUUAAAAACAAUGACUCCUGGCUGGCCAAUCAGCAUUCUCUGGUGAGCCAGCUGAGACGCGUGUGGAUCAGUGAAACCUUUCAAGAAAGACACCGGAAGGAGAACAUGGCUGCCACGAACUGGAAGGAGCCCAAGCUGCUGGCCUACUGUUUGCUGAAUUAUUGCAAAAGGAAUUAUGGAGAUAUAGAAUUGCUGUUCCAGCUGCUCCGAGCCUUUACUGGUCGUUUUCUCUGCAACAUGACAUUCUUAAAAGAGUAUAUGGAGGAAGAGAUUCCCAAAAAUUAUAGCAUUGCUCAAAAGCGUGCCCUGUUUUUUCACUUUGUGGAUUUCAGUGACCCCAACUUCGGAGAUGAACUGAAAGCCAAGGUUCUGCAGCAUAUCUUGAAUCCUGCUUUCUUAUACAGCUUUGAGAAGGGGGAAGGAGAACAACUCUUAGGACCUCCUAAUCCAGAAGGCGAUAACCCAGAAAGCAUCACCAGUGUGUUUAUAACCAAGGUCCUGGACCCAGAGAAGCAGGCGGACAUGCUGGACUCCCUGAGGAUUUACCUCCUGCAGUAUGCCACACUGCUGGUGGAGCACGCUCCUCACCACAUCCACGACAACAACAAGAAUCGCAACAGCAAGCUGCGCCGCCUGAUGACCUUUGCCUGGCCCUGCCUGCUCUCCAAGGCCUGUGUAGACCCAGCCUGCAAAUACAGUGGACACUUACUGCUGGCACACAUUAUUGCCAAAUUUGCAAUACAUAAGAAAAUUGUCCUUCAGGUUUUUCACAGUCUUCUCAAGGCCCAUGCAAUGGAAGCUCGAGCAAUUGUCAGACAAGCAAUGGCCAUUCUGACUCCGGCAGUGCCAGCCAGAAUGGAGGAUGGGCACCAGAUGCUGACCCACUGGACAAGGAAGAUCAUUGUGGAGGAGGGGCACACGGUUCCUCAGCUCGUUCACAUUUUGCAUUUGAUAGUGCAGCAUUUUAAGGUGUACUACCCAGUGCGGCACCACUUGGUCCAGCACAUGGUCAGUGCCAUGCAGAAGUUGGGCUUCACCCCCAGCGUCACCAUUGAGCAGAGAAGGCUGGCUGUGGACCUGUCAGAAGUUGUCAUCAAGUGGGAACUCCAGAGGAUCAAGGACCAGCAGCCUGACUCAGAGAUGGACCAGAAUUCCAGUGGAGAAGGCGUCACCUCUGUCUCAUCUUCCAUUAAGAGGGGCCUGUCAGUGGAUUCCGCCCAGGAAGUGAAACGCUUCAGGACGGCCACGGGCGCAAUCAGUGCAGUGUUUGGGAGGAGCCAGUCACUGCCUGGAGCGGAUUCCCUUCUGGCCAAGCCCAUUGAUAAACAGCACACGGACGCUGUGGUCAACUUCCUCAUCAGAGUGGCUUGUCAGGUUAACGACAACACCAACACUGCCGGGUCUCCUGGGGAGGUGCUUUCUCGCCGUUGUGUGACCCUCCUGAAAACUGCCUUGCGACCGGACAUGUGGUCCAAGUCUGAGCUCAAACUCCAGUGGUUCGACAAGCUGCUGAUGAGUGUGGAGCAGCCUAAUCAAGUUAACUAUGGAAAUAUUUGCACAGGAUUGGAAGUGCUGAGUUUCUUGCUAACUGUUCUCCAGUCUCCAGCCAUCCUCAGUAGCUUCAAACCCCUGCAGCGUGGAAUCGCUGCCUGUAUGACAUGUGGAAACACCAAAGUCUUACGAGCAGUCCAUAGCCUUCUCUCACGCCUAAUGAGCAUUUUCCCAACAGAGCCAAGCACUUCCAGUGUGGCCUCCAAGUAUGAAGAGCUGGAAUGCCUCUAUGCAGCCGUUGGGAAGGUCAUCUAUGAAGGACUCACUAACUAUGAGAAGGCCACCAAUGCGAAUCCCUCUCAGCUCUUUGGGACCCUUAUGAUCCUCAAGUCUGCCUGCAGCAACAACCCGAGCUACAUAGACAGGCUGAUCUCAGUCUUCAUGCGUUCCCUGCAGAAGAUGGUCCGAGAGCACCUCAAUCCACAGGCAGCCUCGGGCAGCACAGAAGCAACCUCAGGAACUAGUGAGCUGGUGAUGCUGAGUCUGGAGCUGGUGAAAACACGCCUGGCUGUGAUGAGCAUGGAGAUGAGGAAGAACUUUAUUCAGGCCAUCCUGACCUCCCUCAUUGAAAAAUCCCCCGAUGCCAAAAUCCUCCGGGCUGUGGUGAAAAUUGUGGAAGAAUGGGUUAAAAAUAAUUCCCCAAUGGCAGCCAAUCAGACACCUACACUCCGGGAGAAGUCCAUCUUGCUUGUGAAAAUGAUGACCUACAUAGAAAAGCGUUUUCCAGAAGACCUUGAAUUAAAUGCACAGUUCUUAGACCUUGUUAACUAUGUCUACAGGGAUGAGGCACUGUCUGGCAGUGAGCUGACUGCAAAACUCGAGCCUGCCUUUCUCUCUGGGCUGCGUUGUGCCCAGCCACUCAUCAGGGCAAAAUUUUUCGAAGUCUUUGACAAUUCUAUGAAACGUCGGGUUUAUGAGCGUCUGCUUUAUGUGACCUGCUCCCAGAAUUGGGAAGCCAUGGGGAACCACUUUUGGAUUAAGCAGUGCAUUGAGCUUCUUUUGGCCGUGUGUGAGAAGAGCACUGCCAUUGGUACCAGCUGCCAAGGAGCUAUGCUCCCGUCCAUCACCAAUGUCAUCAACCUGGCCGACAGCCAUGAUCGAGCAGCCUUUGCCAUGGUCACACAUGUCAAGCAGGAGCCUCGGGAGCGAGAGAACAGCGAGUCUAAAGAGGAGGAUGUAGAGAUAGAUAUUGAACUAGCUCCUGGAGAUCAGACCAGCACACCCAAAACCAAGGAACUUUCUGAAAAGGACAUUGGAAACCAGCUGCAUAUGCUAACCAACAGACAUGACAAAUUCCUUGAUACUCUCCGGGAAGUGAAGACUGGGGCACUGCUCAGUGCCUUUGUCCAGCUGUGCCACAUUUCCACAACGCUGGCAGAAAAGACCUGGGUCCAGCUUUUCCCCAGAUUGUGGAAAAUUCUGUCUGACCGACAGCAGCAUGCUCUAGCCGGCGAGAUUAGCCCGUUCCUGUGCAGUGGCAGUCACCAGGUGCAGCGGGACUGUCAGCCCAGCGCACUGAAUUGCUUUGUGGAAGCCAUGUCCCAGUGUGUCCCUCCCAUCCCCAUCAGACCCUGCGUUCUGAAGUACUUGGGGAAAACACACAACCUUUGGUUCCGUUCCACAUUAAUGCUAGAGCACCAGGCUUUUGAGAAAGGCCUGAGCCUGCAGAUUAAGCCAAAGCAAACAGCGGAAUUUUAUGAGCAGGAGAGCAUAACUCCACCUCAGCAGGAGAUCCUGGAUUCCCUUGCAGAACUUUACUCUUUGUUACAAGAAGAAGAUAUGUGGGCUGGUUUAUGGCAGAAGCGUUGCAAGUAUUCCGAGACAGCAACUGCUAUUGCUUACGAGCAGCAUGGAUUUUUUGAGCAGGCACAAGAGUCCUAUGAGAAGGCAAUGGAUAAAGCCAAAAAAGAACAUGAGAGGAGUAAUGCAUCCCCUGCUAUUUUCCCAGAAUACCAGCUUUGGGAGGACCACUGGAUUCGGUGCUCUAAGGAAUUGAACCAAUGGGAAGCCUUGACAGAGUACGGCCAGUCCAAAGGUCAUAUAAACCCUUACCUCGUCCUGGAGUGUGCUUGGCGGGUGUCUAACUGGACCGCCAUGAAGGAGGCAUUGGUGCAGGUAGAAGUAAGUUGUCCCAAGGAGAUGGCUUGGAAGGUCAACAUGUACCGUGGAUACCUGGCUAUCUGCCACCCUGAGGAGCAACAGCUCAGCUUCAUCGAACGCCUGGUAGAAAUGGCCAGCAGCUUGGCCAUCCGUGAGUGGCGGCGGUUGCCCCAUGUGGUGUCCCAUGUGCAUACCCCUCUUCUCCAGGCCGCCCAGCAAAUCAUUGAACUUCAGGAAGCUGCACAAAUAAAUGCAGGUUUACAGCCGACCAACCUGGGAAGGAACAACAGCCUGCAUGACAUGAAGACCGUGGUGAAGACCUGGAGGAACAGGCUGCCCAUUGUCUCUGACGACUUGUCCCACUGGAGCAGCGUCUUCAUGUGGCGGCAGCAUCAUUACCAGGGUAAACCUACCUGGUCCGGCAUGCAUUCAUCAUCUAUUGUAACUGCGUAUGAAAAUAGUUCUCAGCAUGAUCCAAGUUCCAAUAAUGCUAUGCUUGGGGUUCAUGCGUCAGCUUCAGCAAUCAUCCAGUAUGGAAAAAUUGCCCGAAAACAAGGACUGGUCAAUGUAGCUCUGGAUAUAUUAAGCCGUAUUCAUACUAUUCCAACUGUUCCUAUUGUGGAUUGCUUCCAGAAGAUUCGACAGCAAGUCAAGUGCUAUCUCCAACUGGCAGGAGUCAUGGGGAAAAACGAGUGUAUGCAGGGCCUUGAAGUUAUAGAAUCUACAAACUUAAAAUACUUCACAAAAGAGAUGACAGCUGAAUUUUAUGCACUGAAGGGAAUGUUCUUGGCUCAGAUCAACAAGUCUGAGGAAGCAAACAAAGCCUUUUCUGCAGCUGUGCAGAUGCACGAUGUGCUGGUGAAAGCUUGGGCCAUGUGGGGCGAUUACCUGGAGAACAUUUUUGUGAAGGAGCGGCAGCUGCACCUUGGAGUGUCUGCCAUUACCUGUUACUUGCAUGCAUGCCGGCAUCAGAAUGAGAGCAAAUCAAGGAAAUACUUAGCCAAGGUGCUGUGGCUUUUAAGUUUCGAUGAUGAUAAAAAUACUUUGGCAGAUGCUGUUGACAAGUACUGCAUUGGCGUGCCACCCAUCCAGUGGCUGGCCUGGAUCCCGCAGCUGCUCACCUGCCUGGUUGGCUCUGAAGGAAAACUGCUUUUGAACCUCAUUAGCCAGGUCGGACGAGUGUAUCCCCAGGCAGUCUACUUUCCCAUCCGGACCCUGUACCUGACCCUGAAAAUAGAGCAGCGGGAACGCUACAAGAGCGAUUCUGGACAGCAGCAGCCAAGUUCAGUGGGUAACCAGUCCCAUUCUGCAUCAGAUCCAGGGCCCAUAAGAGCAACAGCACCCAUGUGGCGCUGCAGCCGAAUCAUGCACAUGCAGCGGGAAUUGCACCCAACCCUGCUGUCUUCCCUGGAAGGCAUCGUCGAUCAGAUGGUCUGGUUCCGAGAAAACUGGCAUGAAGAGGUUCUCAGGCAGCUCCAACAGGGCCUGGCGAAAUGUUACUCAGUUGCAUUUGAGAAAAGUGGAGCUGUGUCCGAUGCCAAAAUUACCCCCCAUACUCUGAACUUUGUCAAGAAGCUGGUGAGCACGUUUGGGGUGGGCCUGGAGAACGUGUCCAACGUCUCCACCAUGUUCUCUAGUGCGGCCUCCGAGUCUCUAGCCAGGCGGGCGCAGGCCACUGCUCAGGACCCUGUCUUCCAGAAGCUGAAGGGCCAGUUCACAACCGAUUUUGACUUCAGUGUUCCAGGAUCCAUGAAGCUUCAUAACCUCAUUUCUAAAUUGAAAAAGUGGAUCAAAAUUCUGGAGGCCAAAACCAAGCAGCUUCCAAAAUUCUUCCUCAUAGAAGAAAAGUGUCGGUUUUUGAGCAAUUUCUCCGCACAGACAGCUGAAGUAGAAAUCCCAGGGGAGUUUCUGAUGCCAAAGCCGACGCACUAUUAUAUCAAGAUUGCUCGGUUUAUGCCCAGAGUGGAAAUUGUGCAGAAGCACAACACUGCAGCCAGGAGGCUGUACAUCCGCGGGCACAACGGCAAGAUCUACCCGUACCUCGUCAUGAAUGACGCCUGCCUCACAGAGUCGCGGAGGGAGGAGCGCGUGCUGCAGCUGCUUCGCCUGCUGAACCCCUGUUUAGAGAAGAGAAAGGAAACCACAAAGAGGCACUUAUUUUUCACAGUUCCACGAGUUGUGGCGGUGUCCCCACAGAUGCGCCUCGUGGAAGACAACCCCUCUUCUCUUUCCCUUGUGGAGAUCUACAAGCAGCGCUGUGCCAAGAAGGGCAUCGAGCAUGACAACCCCAUCUCGCGGUACUACGACAGACUGGCCACUGUGCAGGCGCGCGGCACACAAGCCAGUCACCAGGUCCUUCGAGACAUCCUCAAGGAGGUUCAGAGUAACAUGGUGCCACGCAGCAUGCUGAAAGAGUGGGCUCUGCACACCUUCCCCAACGCCACAGACUACUGGACAUUCCGGAAGAUGUUCACCAUCCAGCUCGCGCUCAUUGGCUUUGCGGAAUUCGUCUUGCACUUAAACAGACUCAACCCCGAGAUGUUACAGAUCGCGCAGGACACUGGCAAACUGAAUGUUGCCUACUUUCGAUUUGACAUAAAUGACGCCACUGGAGACUUAGAUGCCAACCGUCCUGUUCCUUUCCGCCUCACACCCAAUAUUUCUGAGUUUCUGACCACCAUCGGUGUCUCGGGCCCCUUGACCGCCUCCAUGAUCGCUGUGGCCCGGUGCUUUGCUCAACCAAACUUUAAGGUGGACGGCAUCCUGAAAACUGUACUUCGGGACGAGAUCAUUGCUUGGCACAAAAAAACGCAGGAGGACACCUCCUCUCCUCUUUCAGCCGCUGGGCAGCCAGAAAACAUGGACAGUCAGCAGCUGGUUUCCCUGGUUCAGAAGGCUGUCACCGCCAUCAUGACCCGCCUGCACAACCUUGCCCAGUUUGAAGGCGGGGAGAGCAAAGUGAACACCCUGGUGGCCGCCGCAAACAGCCUGGACAACUUAUGCCGCAUGGACCCCGCCUGGCACCCCUGGCUGUGACACGGCAGCUCCCACCACUGGUGCGUGAAGGGCGCCUCUCGGGCUCCCAGCGCCGGCUUCACAGCAGAGGACUCCGCCUCGUUCCCUGGAUGUUUGGGAGGCCUCCAGCUCCCUGCGGCGCGGUUAUUCCCUGAAAGUUUGCUGGGAAAGAGGGUGAAUUCAGUUCAGGGGGAGCUGGACUAUAUGGUGAGGCGAUUCGAAUGCUGACCUGAGCCUUACUCGAAGCUUUGAAAGUAACCUUUCAAGAAACCAAGGUUCCCUGUCCUGGGGUUUCUGUGAAUUCGCCGUCCCCGCCAUCUGUGUGAGCGGACGGACGGACUGUGGGAAACAGCCCCACAGCAUCCUUUUUUUAACUUUCAGAAGCAGCACCUGACAGGAGCUUCGCGCUUUUGUAUAGAAAACCCACUUUGUUAGAGAAACAGGAAAUUAUGAACAAAUCCUGCUGGUUUUACCCCAAGCACACACUUCGAUGCUGCCUGCACCAGCGCUGGGAAUCUCAUUGAGCGUUUGACCGGGAUCCGUGAGGCCUCGUCACCCUGCGGGAUCUGGGGAUCCGACCUCAUGUGCUUGGGUGGGGAUUCCACUGGGAGGACUGACAGGUGACUCCAGCUUUUUAUCGCCAGCUCUUUGGAUGUCUUCUAGACAUUUACUAUCAUUGUACCUGAAAAAAUCACUUCUUCCUAAUUUAAAAAGAAACAGCAAGAGAAGUCUGUUAGCUCCAGUCUGUGUUCACAUUUUUAUAAAUACGAGUAUUGAGAAUGUUCUAUCUAAAUUUGUACAGUGUGACUUUUUUAGAAUAAAUAUUUUAUAAAAGGAUGUGUUGUCCUUUAUGUGUUAA